GCUCCAUCUCUCUCUCUCUUCUCUUACAUUUUCUUCUCCCCAUUUCUCUCAUUCUCUCUUCUUCUUCUUCUCUUUCCUCUACCUUCCGCCAUGGAUAUCAACAACAACAACCACCGUGACGACGAAGAAGACGACGACGACGCUAUCUCCUCCAUGAGCUCUGUUCCUCCUCCUCGCAAAAUCCAUUCCUAUAGCCAUCAGCUUCGUGGCACCGGUCAAAAAGGUCAUCACCACCGUCAACGUCAACACAGCCUCGACGAUAUUCCUAAAAUCACUGAAAUCAUCUCUGGUUGUGGUAUCUCCGGCGAUUCUUCCGAUGACGAGUUUUAUCCUUACGCCACCACCACCAAUUCCUCAUCUUUCCCUUUCACCGGAGAUACAGGAGAUACUGAUGAUUACUUGCACCAGCCUGAGAUCGGAGAAGAUUUUCAGCCGCUUCCUGAAUUCGUCGGAUCUGGAGGCGGCGUUGGGAUGUUUAAAGUUCCGACGCGGUCUCCUUUGCACUCAGCGCGUCCUCCUUGUUUAGAGUUGAGACCACAUCCGUUGAAGGAGACUCAGGUUGGGAGAUUCUUGAGGAACAUUGCUUGUACGGGGACGCAAUUGUGGGCUGGACAAGAGAGUGGUGUUAGAUUUUGGAACUUUGAUGAUGCGUUUGAGCCAGGUUGUGGUUUAAGCGGUCGUGUACAGAGAGGUGAUGAGGAUGCUGCACCGUUUCAUGAGUCGGCUAGUACUUCACCAACCACUUGUUUGAUGGUUGAUAAUGGGAAUAGGCUUGUUUGGAGUGGUCAUAAAGAUGGAAAGAUUCGGUCUUGGAAGAUGGAUUAUGUGGUUGAUGAUGGUGAUGAUUCUCCUUUCAAGGAAGGUCUCUCUUGGCAAGCUCACAAGGGUCCCGUCAAUUCCGUAAUCAUGAGUUCUUAUGGCGAUUUGUGGUCAUGUUCAGAAGGUGGUGUGAUAAAGAUAUGGACUUGGGAAUCUAUGGAGAAAUCUCUUUCGCUUAGGUUGGAGGAGAAACAUAUGGCUGCUUUGUUGGUGGAAAGGUCAGGGAUUGAUCUCAGGGCUCAAGUUACUAUCAACGGAACUUGCAAUAUAUCUUCCUCUGAAGUCAAGUGUUUGUUAGCUGAUAAUGUAAGAUCUAAAGUGUGGGCUGCUCAGCUUCAAACCUUCUCCUUGUGGGAUGGUCGUACAAAAGAGUUACUGAAGGUGUUCAACUCAGAAGGUCAAACUGAAAACAGGGUUGAAAUGCCAUUGGGGCAGGAUCAGCCUGCUGAAGAUGAGAUGAAGGCGAAAAUAGCUUCUACUUCGAAAAAGGAGAAACCGCAUGGAUUCUUGCAACGCUCAAGGAAUGCUAUAAUGGGAGCUGCGGAUGCUGUUAGAAGGGUUGCAACAAGAGGAGGAGGGGCAUAUGAAGAUGCCAAAAGAACAGAAGCCAUGGUUUUAGCCGGGGAUGGCAUGAUUUGGACCGGGUGCACAAAUGGAUUGCUUAUACAAUGGGACGGAAAUGGAAACCGGUUGCAAGAUUUCCGUCACCAUCAAUGUGCUGUAUUGUGUUUCUGCACGUUCGGAGAAAGAAUAUACAUUGGUUAUGUUAGUGGUCACAUCCAGAUAAUUGAUCUCGAAGGCAAUCUAAUCGCGGGAUGGGUUGCACAUAAUAACGCAGUGAUUAAGAUGGCGGCAGCCGAUGGCUAUAUUUUCAGCUUAGCCACUCAUGGUGGUAUACGUGGAUGGCAUGUGAUUUCUCCUGGGCCUCUUGACGGGAUAAUAAGGUCGGAACUGGCAGAAAAAGAACGGACAUAUGCACAGACGGACAGUGUUAGGAUUCUGAUCGGUUCAUGGAAUGUUGGCCAGGGAAAAGCUUCCCAUGAUGCACUUAUGUCUUGGUUAGGCUCUGUAGCUUCAGAUGUUGGUAUUCUUGUUGUGGGCUUGCAAGAAGUAGAGAUGGGUGCUGGGUUUUUGGCAAUGUCAGCUGCCAAAGAAUCGGUAGGAGGAAAUGAAGGUAGUACGAUAGGGCAGUACUGGAUAGACACAAUAGGGAAGACCUUAGACGAGAAAGCAGUUUUUGAGCGCAUGGGAUCAAGGCAGUUAGCUGGUUUGCUCAUUUCACUUUGGGUGAGGAAGAAUCUGAGAACCCAUGUAGGGGAUAUUGAUGUUGCAGCAGUUCCAUGUGGUUUUGGACGCGCAAUAGGAAACAAGGGAGGUGUAGGUUUGAGAAUUAGGGUCUUUGAUCGCAUUAUGUGCUUCAUCAACUGUCACUUGGCUGCUCAUCUAGAAGCUGUAAACCGCAGAAAUGCUGAUUUUGAUCACAUAUACAAAACAAUGUCCUUUACCCGGUCAUCAAAUGCUCAUAAUGCACCAGCCGCUGGUGUGUCUACCGGUUCUCAUACCACAAAGAGCGCAAAUAAUGCAAACGUAAACACAGAAGAGACAAAACAGGACCUAGCAGAGGCGGACAUGGUUGUAUUUUUUGGUGAUUUCAACUACCGCCUCUUUGGUAUAUCAUAUGAUGAAGCUAGGGACUUUGUCUCACAAAGAAGCUUCGAUUGGCUUAGAGAAAAAGAUCAGCUCAGGGCAGAGAUGAAAGCUGGAAGAGUAUUCCAAGGAAUGCGUGAAGCCAUCAUUACUUUCCCUCCAACUUAUAAGUUUGAAAGACACCGUCCUGGCUUAGGAGGGUACGACUCUGGUGAGAAAAAGCGGAUUCCUGCAUGGUGUGACAGAGUAAUAUUCAGAGACACGCGUACGAGUCCCGAAUCUGAAUGCAGUUUAGACUGUCCUGUUGUUGCUUCGAUUAUGUUGUAUGAUGCUUGUAUGGAUGUGACAGAGAGUGAUCACAAACCGGUCCGUUGCAAAUUCCAUGUGAAGAUAGAGCAUGUUGAUAGAUCGGUAAGGAGACAAGAGUUUGGGAGAAUCAUCAAGACCAACGAGAAAGUCAGAGCGUUGCUCAACGACCUACGUUAUGUACCAGAGACAGUUGUUAGUAGCAACAACAUCGUUCUCCAGAACCAAGACACCUUCGUGCUUCGCAUCACCAACAAAUGCGUCAAGGAAAACGCUGUGUUCAGGAUCUUGUGCGAAGGGCAGAGUACGGUGAGAGAAGACGAAGAUACACUCGAGUUACAUCCGUUAGGCUCAUUCGGUUUCCCACGGUGGCUCGAGGUAAUGCCAGCUGCAGGAACUAUAAAACCGGAUAGUUCAGUGGAGGUAUCGGUUCACCAUGAGGAGUUCCAUACAUUAGAAGAGUUUGUAGAUGGAAUUCCUCAGAAUUGGUGGUGUGAGGACACACGGGAUAAAGAAGCAAUACUUGUGGUGAAUGUACAAGGAGGUUGUUCGACUGAGACUGUGUGCCACCGGGUCCAUGUUCGUCACUGCUUCUCGGCUAAAAAUCUUAGGAUCGACUCCAGUUCAUCUAACUCCAAAUCUCAGAGUAGUAAGAAGAACGAAGGAGAUUCUGGCUCCAAGUCUCAUAAGAAGAGUGAUGGAGAUUCCAACUCAAAGUCUUCGAAGAAGCGCGAUGGAGAUUCUGUCUCCAAGUCUUCGAAGAAGAUCGAUGGAGAUUUCAACUCCAAGUCCUCGAAGAAGUGCGAUGGGGAUUCGAACUCCAAGUCCUCGAAGAAGAGCGAUGGGGAUUCUAACUCCAAGUCUUCGAAGAAGAGCGAUGGAGACCCUAACUCCAAGUCUUCGAAGAAGAGUGAUGGAGACUCCUGCUCCAAGUCACAGAAGAAGAGCGAUGGAGACACCAAUUCCAAGUCUCAGAAGAAGGGCGAUGGAGAUUCGAGCUCCAAGUCUCACAAGAAGAACGAUGGAGAUUCGAGCUCUAAGUCUCACAAGAAGAACGAUGGAGAUUCGAGCUCUAAGUCUCACAAGAAGAGCGAUGGAGACUCCAGUUCUAAGUCUCAGAAGAAGAACGAUGGAGAUUCUUCAAGCUCAUACAAGUCACAGAGUGGGGAGAAAAACAGUAACACGUCAACUGGAGAGGAGAGCCGGAAUUGCCACAACAAACGUUGACUUCAAAAAGAGAAAAACAAAAAAAGCUCAGUGUAUUUCUUUGGAGUAAAUUUACCAACCUACC